AUGAUCUUCGGCGCAACCAUCAGCGCGAUGGAAAAGCAAAGCCGCUGGCGAAGCGGCAUCGAAUUGCUGCUGCGUGGCCUAUCCGUGCAAGGCGUGGAGGCAAACCUCGUUACUUGCAACUCUGCAAUGAGUGCCUGCGAGAAAGCAGAUGCUUGGCCAUGGGCCACCGAGCUUCUUGGCGAGGAGAUGCUCGGGAAGAGGAUGGCCUGCGAUGAGAUCAGUUUCAACGCAGCGCUCGGCGCCUGCCGCCCAGAAUGGCGGGCAGCUGGCCUGUGUUUGCAGGCCAUGCAGGAGCAGCGGCUGGGUGGCGACGCCGUGACGGCUGCAGCGCUGUGGCCCAUGGUUGAGAUGAGCGGCCAAUUCGCCCCACUGCCACCGCUGCUGCGGGGACUGCUGUCCGAGAGCUCUGAGAGACGCCAGGUCGAAGCCUUGGAGCUCCUGGAGGCCAGCGGCAUGCUGUCCGAAGAUGCUCUGGCAAACUUCGCCGGAGCAUAUGCUGGACGGCUGCUCCCGGCCCUGCAGCAGCUCUCCAGCAGCAGCUGGAGUGGUCUGGCUUGGGACGGCUCCACGCGUCUACACCUUCCGGCCUUGGAGCGGAGCUUUAGUCUUGGGCGCCACUUCACUGAAGAGGCAUUGGAGGCAUUGUGCUUGGCCCCAUCGCCUUGCUGGUUACCGACCGCACGCUUCCGGUCGCGUGAGGCGCUGCUGGCAUCUGAGAGCCUCGCCGCUUCAGCGACGGAGCCUGUGGCUGCCGCGAUCGCUGCCUGGGCUUCGCAGACACUGAGCCGGCACCGUUUGCCUCCACGUUACACCGCCGGCUUCGGCACAGCGGAGGAAACUGGCCUGCCUCUCUGCAAAGUUGUUGAAAGGUGGAGUUUUCCAGAGGCUGCUCAGGGGCGUGGCAAGGACAAGCAGCGGAGCCCAACCUAUCCAUUGCGAAAUAUGGACUGA